CCGGAAACCUAUGUUAUGAAUUAGAUUUUGCAGGCCAUUCUGCUGUGGUGAGCUGGUGCCUCUGCCACGGACCGGAGGGAGCUCAGCAGGCCAGCUGCCUUGAGGGCAUGGGAUGGCUCACUGGGGGAGAAGCGGAAAGAAUGAUCUUCUGUCCUUCUCCAGGGUCCUCAUGAACAACCGUUUAUGUCUCAGAAAUUGUAGCCCCUCAUAGAAGCCAGAGCUGGAAAGGGCUCAGAGAUCAUCUGGGCCAAUUGGUUCCAUUUUAUAUUUGGGGAAACCAAGGCCCAGAGGGGAAGUGAGUUGUCCAAGGUCACACAGUAAGUUACUGGCCACACUAGGGCUGGAGACCAGGAUUCCUAAUCCCAGGCUGGCAUGCUCCGCUGCAGAGCAGUUAACAGUAAUGGAGCGUACAUCUAGGCAUUUCGGCUCUUAGUGCUGGGAGAGACAGAGAAUGAGACAGAGGCAGACACAGAGAGACAGAAUGAGACAGAAAAGAGAGUUGCAGAAGGAGAGCAACAUGGGAAAGAGACAGACAGAAAGAGACACUCGUGGGCCUGAGUCAUUUGGUUCAAAAUAGAGAUUUGAGCACCAGCAGAGCAGGACAGGACCUCAGGAACCACCUAGGGCAGUCUCCUUUGUUUUUACAGUAAUCAAAGUACAGCUGAGUCGUUUACAUGCAUAAACCUUUGUAGGAACAGUUUGAUGUUGAAUGGUAAAAAAGGAAAUGCCUUUGGUGCUAAAAAGUGUCAAAACUUCCAUCUCCAAGGGCUUUUGACUGGAAUUUGAAGAAUGAAGCGCUACAGGAAUAUGACCCAGCACAGGGGAAUUUGGGAAAAUGUGAUGCCGCUGAUAUUUCCGCAACAGUCUGGGAUUUAGGACUGAGCACUCCGUGCCUUCCAUGCGUUCUCUGAUGUCUUAGACUAUGUUUCUGAGAACAGAACUAGACAGUGUCUAGUCAUUGGGUCUUGCAUACAUUUGGCAUUCGAUGUGUGUUUCUGAAUGAACAAAAUAGUAAAUGAAUGAAUGCAUACAAGGGAAUAUCCUCUCUUCUGAAGGCUAUAGCUCAGGGGUCAGCCAACUACAGCCUGCGGGCCCAAUCCAGCCUGCUUCCUAUUUUUGUAAAUAAAGAUUUAGUAGACGCAACCACGUUCCUUUAUUGUUUUUGGUUGCUUUCAUGUAUAACAGUAGAGUUAUGUUGUAACAGAGACCAUGCAGCCCACAGAGCCUUAAAUAUUUACUAUCUGGCCCUUCUGGAAAAAGUCUUCUGACUCCUGCAGUAGCUGAUGAUUUUUACAAGAAUUGUGUGUGUGUAUGCAUGAUUGUGCAUUGGGUAUGUCUACAGUUAUCAGAUUCCACAUGUAUCUGGUACAUGCCACUUUAUUGUUUUACAGGCAGGAUUCAUCUAAAAAGGUUUGCUCCACCAGCCCUUUGGAUAUAUAUACAUCUUUUUAAAAUUUGUAUAAUUUUAAAAAUUAAGUUUAGCUUGCUAGCAGCACCUUGGCACAGACGUGGUACGAGCCAAGACCCUGGUGGCAGAGGUCUUCCCUGAAGUAGAGGAGGGCAGAUUCCCCCCGAAAAAUCGCAGUGGGGGUGGACUUUGAGGCUUGCCAGAACAGUAUUGACAGGGGCAGUUUCUGAGCUAAAUGAAAAGCAGCCUUUUAGACAGAUUACACUCCCAUUUCCUCUCGGCUGGCGGGGGUGAUCAGGAUUCUGGGAUGCCAACCUCAGCUCCUUCCCUGGGACGGGUGCACUCUUCCUCCUCCAAGCCGCCCCCAGUGCAGCUUCUGGUGAGGCCAGAGCCCAGCCUAUCUAUUCCUGCUCCCGGGAGCAGAGGACUGGCCUCUGGACCCCUGACAUCUGGACCAGAAGCAACACCAAAGCCUGGAUUGGCCGACUCCCACCCCAAAUGCCCAGCGGGGAGUGCUCAGAGGCGUGACAAAUCUCAGCCUGUCGCCAGUGUAUGUUCCCUGGCCAGUCCCUCCUUGGGCCUUACCCACAAUGACCGCUCUGUCACUCAGCCUCACUCACCUGCUCACCAUUUCAGGACUGCUCUGUUCCUCAGCUUGCUGCUCAGCUCUCCCCGGAUUGGAUCAGAAGAAGCGUGGUGGCCCCAGAGCAUGCUGCCUCCUGACGCCCCCUCCACCCCCGCUGUUCCCACCACCAUUCUUCAGAGGGGGCCGAAGUCUGCUUCUCUCCCCAGACAUGAAGAAUCUCAUCCUGGAACUGGAGACCACACAGGCCUCAUGCGCGCAGGGAUUGCUCGGCUCCCCUGGGCCUCCUGGCCCCCAGGGUCCACCGGGACUUCCUGGCAAGAUAGGACCAAAAGGAGAAAAGGGGGAGCUUGGCCUACCAGGAAGGAAGGGUAGAGCCGGCCCCCCGGGUGUUCCUGGCAUGCCUGGGCUAGUCGGCCCUGAAGGACCCAGGGGUGAAAAAGGUGACCUGGGUAUGAUGGGCUUGCCAGGGUCAAGAGGACCAAUGGGCUCUAAGGGCUACCCUGGAUCCAGAGGGGAAAAGGGAUCCAGAGGUGAAAGGGGUGACUUGGGUCCCAAAGGAGAAAAGGGUUUCCCGGGAUUUCCUGGAAUGCUGGGGCAGAAAGGUGAAAUGGGUCCAAAGGGUGAGCCUGGGAUAACAGGACCCAGAGGACCCAGAGGAAGACCAGGAAAACGAGGCAAGCCGGGGCAGAAGGGAGAUAGUGGAGUAAUGGGCCCACCAGGCAAGCCUGGGCCUUCUGGUCAACCUGGCCGUCCAGGUCCCCCAGGCCCCCCGGGCCCCCCAUCUGCAGGACAACUUGUGAUGGGACCCAAAGGGGACAGAGGAUUUCCCGGGCCUCCAGGAAGCUGUCUUUGUGAAACCCCUACGAAUGUGAAUAACCCUUCCUACAGGGAAUCCAUGUUUGGGCCCAGUUCCCCACAUGUUCCCGUGAUUUUUGUAGUCAACAACCAGGAGGAGCUUGAGAGGCUGAACACCCAAAACGCCAUUGCCUUCCGCAAAGACCAGAGAUCUCUGUACUUCAAGGACAGCCUGGGCUGGCUCCCCAUCCAGGUGACCCCUUUCUACCCUGUGGACUACACUGUAGACCGCCGCGGCUCCUGUGGGGAUGGGGUCCUGCAGCCCGGGGAGGAGUGUGAUGACGGGAACAACAACGUGGACGACGACUGCAUCAGCUGUCAUCGGGCCUACUGUGGAGAUGGUCACCAGCACAAGGGCGUGGAGGACUGUGACGGCUCUGACUUUGGCUACCUGACGUGCGAGACCUAUCUUCCUGGGUCGUAUGGAGACCUGCAGUGCACCGCGUACUGCCACAUCGACUCCACGUCCUGCCGCUACUUCACAUGAGGGCCGCGAGGAGGAGGGCUGCGUCCUACGUUAUUGGCAGCAGCUCCUCCACCCUUGGCAAAUUGACUUCGCACCAUCCUGGUCCGUUUUCCACCACCUCCGUGUGACAAAAACAAGGACAAACUCUCGCUGCUAAGACAUGCUUGUAACUCAGUCCAACUGGAAGAACUUAGGACUACUGCAUCCUGUCUUAAUCCAAUGUCCCGGAAAAACUUCCGCGUGCCUGACCUGGGAGCUGUUCCCCAUUGCUACCAUCUGGCCAAAUAGCCAAACCUACAGUGCCCUUUCUCUUCUGGAAUGUUACUGACCCAGACCAUGGUCUUGGCUUAGAACUGUUAGCCCCACCUAGACCUGCAGGGCUUUUUGAAUUUGUUCUCAUCCUACGUGGGGCAUCUGGUAUACCGGCCUCUCUGCUCCUCUGACCUCCGGAAAUGUGGGCAUUCUCACCGAGGGCAGCCAGAAAUCAGGUCUCUCCAGGUCUCUCACUGCAAAGCAGCGAAGUGGGCCUGUUCUCUCGAAGUGGCUCCCAGCUCUGGACCCACUGGGGAACCCCUCAACUGGCUACAGCCCAGCACAGCCUCAUGUGGAUGCAGCUUUCCCAAGAAGAGACCCAACUGUGAAAAAGUCCUGAGAAAGCAACCAAAACGGUGCUCCGCCCCUGGGAGACGGUGGAGGCCCAGCUGGGGUGCUCAGCAUGUGAACAAUAGCAGAGCGGUGGCCUUCUGCUUCUCAGUGUUUCCCAAAGGGGUAGCUCUUGUGGUUUCGCUGUCCCCAGCACCAUCUUGACCUUGUGGCUCUCUGCACCUUGACCUCUGUCUUGUAAAUGCCCCUUAUGUCCAUUUCUUAUUCAGGAGAUUCACUACCAGAGGGUGACCUCCUAAGUCUACACCUAGGCAGGCUUUGGUGUUUCCAGUCCUUAGGAAAGCACCAUUCUGGGUUUCCCCCAUGUGAGGCCCUAUGACUGAGUACCUGCCCCAGGCAGAGUCCAUUUCUGUCCUGAGCUCCAGCUCCUGGCUGCCUGCUGACUGCUGCGUGCAUCCCAAGACUUUCCCUUUGUAUCUCUGUAGCGCGUAGCCUUGCCCUCAUGUCUAUGUGCCUGAGCCCCCCACGUUUCUGCAGGGUCAUUAGUCUGGCCUAUCUGUGAGCUGCCUUGUACCACCAUCUUUCCUGAGUGGGGCUUAGCUUGUUUUGGAAAGAUGUCUCCCCCACGGCAGACCUCAAAUGGGAUUUGUCUAUUUGUUACCAGAUGGAGGGACACUUUGGGGCUUUUGUACGAAGCUAUUUAGUGUGACUGAGUCCUGGGGACUCAGUAGACAGGAGCUUCUGGCCCAGUGGGCUGUCACUAGUGAUCUGUUGUAGAUGGGAUCAGCCCAAGGGUGACGUCUUUAGAGAUGGGUGCACUGGUCAGCCCGGUUCCCUCAGCCUCUACUGCACACUUUGGGGUGAUGUUGCUCCCAUGUAAAGCCACACCUUGAUGCUGGGAUCUCCAGAUGGGAAAUCAAGAAAUACAAGCCAUUUGUUUCCCCACUGUGGCUCUCUUUUCCCUGGGUUUUUGGGCCAGUGUCCCAGCAUUACUGUUGGGAAUGAGGGGUCUGAAUUCACUGCCUCCCAGGCUUUGCAGAGGUUUCUAGAAUGUGGAGCAGUACUACCCCCUCGGGGACAAGAGAGGAAACUGAUGUUGAUAGGGAGGGACUUACCUAAGGCCACAAAGCCUGGUCUUGCUAACCCAGCCCCACGCCCGCCUUAUUUUAGGACUACGUUUAAAACAAGAUGGAUCUCCAGUACUGCCCUUGGUUGGACCUGGCCGUGAGAGGCCCUGUCCUGGGUCCCUUUGCUUUGAAGGGCACCAAUCUGGCCCUCUUCUGGCCAUGACCCUCCCCACAGGGCAGGGGAUCUAUGAGGCCAAGGUGACCUGCCCACUGGAGCUUGUGUACCCACCUCCCAGACCACGAUCCAGGUACCCGGGAGACCACAGUUCCCAGCCAAGUGGUCCUGAGCCUGAGCAGGCCUCUUCCCCAUGUCUGUCCUCCUGAGUGUGACCUGCACACACCCAGGUGGCCAGGGACAAGCUGUGUUUAGGGCUUGUAGAUGGGGCUUGGAUAUGCGGGCUGGGGUUUCCACACAUUUAAACACGAAGCCUCUCUCAGUGUGGGUUGGGCCUUGGUCUCCUUGUGCCGCCACAGAACUUUGAGGAAUCUAAAUGUUCCAAAUUCAAACCCAGGCUUCCAGGUCGUAUGAAAGUGUGACUGUCAAGUAAGCAGAGAGACAUAUUUAAUAAUAGUUUGACUCUAACGUAAAUACUUAGACCUGUGGCGCAUGAGCCUCCACCUGCGUUCUUGUAACCGGCUCCCACAAGAUACAGGUGGGCCUGUCUCCGCCUAUUGCAAGGACUUUCUGAAUGGCUCUGAAUAUCGGAAGGACUCAAAGCCACAUGUUUGAAGUAUGUAUGUAAUAAUAGCAAUCCUCCCCCUGUGGCA